GUCACAGCGUACAACUGAACGCCAUAUACGUCACUUCCCCCUCUCCCUCAUACGUAUUUUUUGCUUGAGUGCCCCGCGCUAGAGAAAGAGCGCGCAAGCACAUUCUCGUGCUAGACAUUAAUUAUUGCCGCUAGCAGUGUCUUUCUGGGUUUUUUUAUUUGUCUGCUUUUUUUUUUUCAUGCGGCGAAUUGCCUUGGACGAUCUCUCGCGCAGCGCAAGCAAGCUGCCGGUGACAACGGCCUUUUGUUUCGCUACGCUCGUGCUGAGCCUACUGGUGCUAACCGAUCUCCUCAGCAUAAACAGCUUCGUCCUGCGAAGUGCUCUCUCUGACCUAUCCCUGUGUGCCUUGUUACCUACAGCUUCACGGUGCCCUACUUCACUCUGCUAUUGAUUCCCCUCAAUGUUGGCCUCUUUGUGAGGUGGGGCGCCGCGGUAGAGGGCGCGCUUGGCAGCGCCGAAUACACAAUCUACGUCGUCUUCACCGUCGUGGUGACCGCCGUCGCAGUGAUCGUGGUGGACAAGGCCCUCUUAGCUCCUUUAGGGAGAUUGACCGGUGGCCUGCGCCUGCGCAGCGUUGAAGACCAAGCCGCCGAAGGGGUCUACGGCGAUUACAUCUACUGGGGUGUGUGGCCCAUUGCACAGGUCAUCGUCUUCGCCUUGUGCCGGAUCCGUGGGGUGAGCGCCCCACUCGGGCCGUCCUGGAAGUAUUGGCGGCUGACGCUGCAGCGACUUCCCCUCGCCAUCGUCGCGUGUGCGGCGGUGCUGGACGUGCUGGAGUGGGGUAUUUGGGUCAAUCGGGAGUACAUCGUGUACCGCGAUGAGGUGUACUUCUCGUCCGACCCGUAUGGGUGGAAUUGCCUGGUCGCCCUCAUCAGCCUGUUCGUGGCCUGGCUGUACGAGCGACACGCCUCCGGCACCGCGAACACCGCCUUCACGCUCGACGCCUUCUUCUACCCCGCCAGGCUGCGAGCGGCGGUGCGGCAUGUCGGCGAGGCCACCUACGCCUUCCUGAAGCCGUCGCGCCUCCGAUUUCUGCUACCGCCGCGCGACGCAGGGACCACGUUGCCGAUGCCGCUCUUCGCUUCUGCGGCUGCGGCUUCCGCAGACGGCGGUGGCAACGUGACGCUGCUGCCCGGCACCACCGCCGAGGAGGCGGAGCGCUACCGCCUCAUCGCCCGCGAGGCACUCGCCCGCCGUGUGCAGGAGCAGCGACAGGCGCAGUCGGAGACGGUGGCCGUGGCUGUCGCUGCUGCCGGCAACGCCGAGGCCGCAGCGCCGUCGCAGCCGUCCCCCACGGCCGACGACGCUGAAACUGAAGUGGACGACAAGACGGCGUAG